AUGUUUCAUGCUUUUGAACUGUACUUCAAUGUUCUUCUCAGUACCAUUCAGCUGCAUCUAAAAUUGGUUCCAGUGACAUCAGUGCCCUACCAUGCACUUCAUGAAUUCCCUGAUGAUAUUUUUUCUAUUGAAGCAAGAAGAAAAGGAGCUGUAGCCCUACAUGUCAUGUGUGCUAUGUACAUGUUUUAUGCCUUGGCCAUUGUGUGUGACGACUACUUUGUACCUUCCUUAGAAAAGAUAUGUGAGCGCUUGCACCUCAGUGAAGAUGUGGCUGGAGCAACAUUCAUGGCAGCUGGAAGCUCUGCUCCUGAGUUGUUUACAUCUGUCAUAGGGGUUUUUAUCACAAAGGGAGAUGUGGGUGUUGGGACCAUUGUGGGCUCAGCCGUUUUUAACAUCCUUUGUAUAAUUGGUGUCUGUGGAUUGUUUGCUGGACAGGUUGUCUUGCUAUCAUGGUGGCCCCUCAUUAGAGAUUCCUCCUAUUACACCCUGUCUGUAGUAGCUCUCAUUGUGUUUAUACAUGAUGAGAAAGUUUCGUGGUGGGAAUCCUUGAUCUUAGUAUCCAUGUACUUUUUCUACAUUGUUAUAAUGAAGUACAACUCUUGCAUGCAUAAUUAUUUUGAAAGAAAAAAGAAAGGCCCUGGAAACAUGGUCAAUGGUUUAGCAAACAGUGCAGAAGUGGAUGAUAGCAGUAACUGUGAUGCUACAGUCGUGUUACUAAAGAAAGCAAAUUUUCGCAGAAAACCUUCUGUAAUAAUGGUGGAUGAAUUACUGUCAGCUUAUCCCCACCAACUUUCCUUUUCUGAGGCUGGAUUAAGAAUCAUGAUAACUAGCCACUUUACACCUAGGACUCGUCUGUCGAUGGCCAGUCGCAUGCUCAUCAAUGAGCGGCAAAGACUGAUAAACAGCAGAACCUUUACGAAUGGAGAGUCUGAGGUGGCCAUUAAAAUACCCAAUAAGCAUGCCAUAGAGAAUGGAAACACAGCAGGCAGUUCCUCUGAGAGGGGCAUCAAUGGCACAAGGAGAGAUGAAGACCGAGCUGAGACUGGUAAUGAGACAGAAGCUGAGAAUGAAGAUAACGAGAACAAUGAGAAUGAUGAAGAGGAAGAGGAGGAGGAUGAUAACGAAGGACCUUUUGUGCCAUUUGAAUUACCAGCUGACAAAUGGGACAAGGCUAAGUGGGCAGUCGCUUGGCCACUGUGUUUUAUCAUGUUCUUUACUAUACCCAACUGUGCUAAGCCCCGCUGGGAAAAGUGGUUCAUGGUCACCUUUAUCUCGUCAACCAUUUGGAUAGCAGCUUUCUCUUAUGUCAUGGUGUGGAUGGUAACAGUAAUCGGCUUUACAUUAGGAAUACCAGAUGUGAUUAUGGGGAUCACUUUUCUAGCAGCUGGAACCAGUGUACCUGACUGCAUGGCUAGUUUAAUUGUUGCACGGCAAGGUCUGGGGGAUAUGGCUGUUUCUAACUCUAUUGGAAGCAAUGUUUUUGACAUACUAGUGGGGCUUGGUGUUCCAUGGACGAUGCAGACCUUGGUGGUAGAUUAUGGUUCUGAUAUUCAGUUGAACAGCAGAGGGCUGAUAUAUUCUGUUGGGCUACUUCUGGCUUCUGUUUUUGUCACAGUGUUGGGUGUCCACUUGAACAAAUGGAAGCUUGACAAGAAACUCGGAUGUGGCUGCUUGUUCCUGUAUGGUGUUUUCCUGUGUUUCUCCAUCCUGACAGAAUUUAAUGUUUUCACGUUUGUGAACUUACCCAUGUGCCGAGAACACUGAUCAGCACUGCAGACUACUGAAGGCACUUUUCUUUCUGUGCAAUACAAAAUAUGGCUCGCUUCCUAAGGCACUGCACAUAGGAGUUGCGAUGCCUGACCUUGAGGACUGUUCCUAGAAGAUCCAUUUUAGAAAAUGCUUUUGUUGAUGUGAAUAUAUUUUAACCACUGUGUGACUUCUGAGCAGAGUUUUGAACAGAGACUGGGACAUUUGAAAUUUUCACUGGCUGCUAACCAGCUUAAUGCUGGCAAAACACAUCUGCUAUGACUCCUUAAGUUAUUUCUUUAUAGACUUGUCUAAUUUAUGAGGCAGUACUAUGGUGGACUCUCCAAAGAAGAGGAGGUGUUCUGUGAGGCAUUUCUGCAAUGAAGAUUAGUUUCUACUGAGAUAUGAAAACUAUCAUUUAGUUUCUCCAAGAGUGCUGGCAAACAAGGAGACAUUGUGUGACCCAAAAGUUAACUACACUGUUUUAUUAGAAAUGGGUGAUGAAGUACCUGGGGUUGAGGUUGCGUGGCUCAGUUAUUAACUACAGUUUCUUAAAUAUGAGGACAGGUCAAUGUUCCAGGACAUGGUGUGCAGAUUUUAUAACAGAAUGAAGCAGCUGUCCUGCUUUCUUCACUUGAUCAUGCGUUGUUGGUGCUGUUUUGCCUCUCCACAUUUUUUAAGUAGCACAACUUACUAGAUAUUUCUGUGAAACACGCAGCUGUUAAGCAAAGCAUAUGGGUGGUUAGAGUGAAAUAAACUGGGCAUUGGAAAUGUACCACUGCUCUGUAUUACAUUCAAAGAGGUAUUUUUAUUAGUAAUCACAUAAACCCAAAAUGUUCCCUCCCAUCAUCUAGUUUAAAAUGUUUGUUUAAGGCAUGGAGAGCAUAUCUGUCAGUUGCUAUGAAUUAGGCACAAUCCUGUGUGGUUUUUGCCCUCAGAUUAGUCUUGCUCCUUCUAGAUUAAAUAAUUGACCUACACUUGUAAAAUAAUUCCUUAUAACUGUCUGAUGUCUAGUAUAUGAAAACCUUCUAUUCCAAAAAUAAGAAAGGGUUCUGAUCCUCUGCUAUAGACCAGCCUGAUGGUCAGAGCCUGACAGAUAUAAUAAAAAAGUUAACAAGGCAUUGUACUUUGGUCUGGUCACAUUACUUUAACUGCUUCAUGGAUCUAAAAAACAAUAAGCAAACACUGAUUUUUAUAACAUAUUUUUAAAAAUAUUCUUGAACAAAUAAACCCCGAUAGAUAUAUUUACAUAAACUUUAGUAAUGCCCCUAGUCUUAUUUGUUAGAUAAAUGCCACUGUUCACAUAAAUGAUCUGACAUGUUUGUAUUUUGCUGCAAAAUCAAUGUACAAGUAUUGCAUUUUAUCAGCCCUUCUUAAAUUAAAGAAACAGUGCUGUUCAGGCUGCCUGAAGGACAACAGCCAUGUCCUCAAAGGAAACACUGGAUAGAAUGAGAACUGUGCUGAACUCCUUUUGUUUAUUCCUGGUCCUAAAACAAGUCCCAACAUCAUCCACUGUUAUUGACCUUAUUAGUCUAGGAAUGCUAUACAUUGUCUUCUGCUUAACAAUGCUAGUAUUGUUGGCAUACAAACUGUUUAAUACUAUGAUGAGCUGACCAGAUGGCUGGCAUUAGUAUCUCUUGCGAUUGGUUUGUGGUUUUGUCUAACACUUCAGUCAUUUAACUGAAUGCCAUUAGUUGUAUGUUGCUUGCAUCUGUUAAGAAUGACUUCAUUCUCAGAUUUUCACUGUGCUUUUAUUACCAGAUUACAUUGCUGCACCUUAGGUAGCUGUCAUUCAGUACAUGGUACAAUCCUGACCUCCUCAGAUGAAGUCUGAUUUCAUAUAUUCAAAGCACAAGUUUCAAACUAGAGAGAGAGAGAGACGUAUGUUAAUACUUAAGACAAAGCCAUCAUGUGUUCGCACUGAUAUGCUACUUGCCUCUAUGACAUUUCAAGACUGUAUUUAUUUGUUUAGCAUAUCAGAUAAACAGGGUUGAUACAAUUUUUGGAACUGCUGUGUUAAAAAAAUUGUACCUAGCUUUUAGAACUAGUAUCUUCUGGAACUGUCAUCUGCAAAAUGGUAAUGAAGGUUGUAUGUAUACAAUGAAAAUAUCAUAAACAGCAGAUGAGAUAUGAUUGGAUUGAAUACUUUGUGAUAGAAACCUAUCUAACUACUUGGACUACGUGAAUUAAUUGCCAGUCUAUAUAUAGCAUGAACAUUUAAAGACAAUGUACUGUGCUCCCAGGGAACAAUAUGGGUAGUCAACAGGUUCCGGGAUAUUUUCAUUAGAACGUUUAUGAUAGUCCAGUAAGAGUUAUGGUGCUUUAAUAUUGUCUGCAGUAGACUUACAAAUUUGACAAUUUGGAAUUCCAGUUCCAAAUUAAAUGCCCUUGUAGAAGAUCUGAUUUGACAUUCUGUUCAGUGUUUUGCUAAAAAACUCAUGGCUUAAUGUAGCCAAAUGUAAUAUGACCAAAAUGAACCCAUUAUGUAGGGAGCUUUCCUUGCAUUCACCUCUUACCCUUCCUUUGUUAUGUAAUAUACAUGGAGAUGGUAGUGAGCCAUGAAACUGUUGAGUUAUUUGGUAAUUGGACAUUCUUAUUUAACCAAAACCAUUUAAUGCACAAUUCCGCUGCUAAACGACCAUAUAGUAACCCUUGUCACUGUUCCUUCCUUGAAAUGUAAAUAUCCUGAAUUCUGAUAGAUCAGUUGCUAUGGUAAUAAGAACUCUCACUAGCCCUCCCCAGUAAAUAGUACCUAUGUGAGAAAACAGUAUGCAUUUGGGAAUAUAAACAGUACUAGCGUUAAUAAUUGGAGUUCUGCAAUACUGUGUUACUGUAGCAAAGGAGUGAAAUGUCAUUGGAAAGUAGUAGUACUGGGAUGUACAAUUCUACUUGCAUGUGUCAGAAUUCCUUUUUUUUCCUUCACACAGUACAAAACUGUGUUUGUAUUGCACUGUUCAUACUCCUAAAAGGAUUAAAUGUAUACUGCAAACUUGAAAAAAUGAGAUUUGACUUUCAUAUCAGGUCAGCAUCAUGAUUGUUCAUUAAACUGCCACUGAGCAUAUACCAGGCAGUAAAGUUAUCCACCAAGAACAUAAUUCUGUACUGCUGUGCUAUACAAGGAGCUGCUCACAGCUGUGCAAAGUAAUCCUCAUUAAAUUUAACCAGACAUGGGAUUGUUUUAGUAAAUCAGCUACAUUUGAAACAUCCUUUCUAGAGGUGGCAGAGGAUAAUGACAGCAAGACAAAUGGUUGUUUAGUCAGUUGGAGUAAAAUUAAUUUUAUAAUUAUGUUUUAAACACAGCUUCAAAGACAUUGUCUUGAAAAUAUUUUAAGUAUAUGAGCUGUUUUCCCCUAUUCACAAUAUUAUAAAUUAGUUUCAGAUUUCCUUCUUAGAAGAUGCAUUUUGUUCUCUUCAUUUUUAAAUGUGAUUAAAAUAAGUAACAAUAAUAUAAACGUCCUUGUUAUAUAAUUUUGAGUUUGUGUUUACGUUCCUUUUUGUUUCUCUGUAGUAAUUUCUUAUGCUAUAUCCAUGUAAGUACCAGUUCUAAAAGUUGUAAAAUUGUCAUAGCCUGCCAGAUAGCUUCUUUACUUUAGUGUUAUGUAUACACAGCAGCCUAGUUUAGUAUCUGAACAACAGUCACUGUAUUGUAACAAAAAAAGUAUGUCUGUAUUCCUCACUCACAAUUUUCUCUGGAUGUUCUAUCUUUGUGGCCCACACCUAUGCUGACCACUUGCUGUUUGUCAUUAAGGUCAUCUUUUAAAAUAUUACUUAUUACUGCAUACAUAAAGUUCUAAUUCCUUUACUGUAGGGACUGUUUAAUUCAUGAGAGAUAUCUUUGCACAAAAUAUAUUUUGUGAUAUCUCUACAGUGAAUGGUAUUUUUAUGUAUGUAUGUAUUUGUGAGUGUGUGUGUGUGUGUGUG